CUUGGCAAUUCGGUGACUUUGACUGUGGCCCUGCGCCACACGAUCAGUGGUGAGGGUGAAAGAACAGUUGGUGAGCCAACCACUGUAUCGCUUGGCAAACAGGUUCAGGACGAGAACGUUAUUUUCAAUACGAUACCUGGCGAAACAUUAAUUCAGUUUGGCAUUGACAGUAAACUGGCGAAUGAACUUGGUUUGGUAACCAAUAAAUUCUUUGGCACCAUCGGCGAAUUCACCGUUGACGGUGAUAGUUUACCGUUGUGGGCAUUUGCGCAGAGCAACCAAGCUUGCGAAGGUGAUUUUGCGGCACCAGAAAGUCAAGCAGCCGGAUAUAUGUUCCGUGAUGGUUUUGCACAAGUGCGUCUUCCAUCCAUUGAACGCCCAAGCGGUGCACAAGUUACUGUAAUAUUUUCGGCCUAUUCUCCCGAUGGCCUGCUGUAUUUCCGUGGAAAUCAAGAAAAUGGCGAUUUUCUGAGCUUGGAACUUCGUGAUGGGCAUGUUCUUUUUACGAUCAACCUUGGUGACGAUUCGUAUGCAAGUGUUGAAUCGAAGAAGUCAUCUUACGCCGAUGGACGCUCUCACACUGUUCGUGCUAUCCGGAACAGUGACAAGAUCCAUUUACAAGUUGACGACGAGAACGAUCGCCGUUCAGCAACAAUUCUUGGCCAGAACACAAUGCUCAACGUGAAUGAUGAUGAUCACUUUGUGGGUGGCGUACCGCCGGGAUUCAAUAUCACAGCUUUUCGACGUUUCGAUAUUCACUGGAGUGAUUUCUUUGGCUGUAUACAGUCUGUUAAACCAUCGCAGGUAAUUCUUUAG